AUAUUCAUUUUCAUUUUUUUGUUAAACGCGUACAGUAUUAAGUAUAAAAUUUAAAUUUCGAGUAGGUACCCGUUUUAUCUUAUCAGUUUAUUGAAGUUUUGCAAACAGUUUCGCACCCUUCACUUCAUGACGCGUAUGUAUCAAAUGGGUAAAUACUGAUAAGAUUAUCUCAUUUUGUGUUAAAUCGUUAAAUUUCUUAUCGCAAAAUACUCAAAUUAUAUAUUCUAUGUUAACUAGACCAAACUAGACUUCCAUGUGCCAGCUGUGAGAAACAAUAAACAUAUUUACUAAUAUGUUGAUCUAUCUGUGUCCUACCGACAAAAAAUAUGCGUGCUCGUGGGAAGGUAAAUCGGAAGAUAUUUUGCACCAUUUUGAAGAAGAACACGAUGACCUUUUACAUUUCAGCGACACAUUUUUCAUUGAUCUCGCAAUAUUGUCCGAAAACAGGCUACUAUUCGUUGAAGAUGAAAUUUAUCUUGCACAAACUAAGAUAUUUGACAAUAUAAUGGAAAUUAAACUAAGGUAUCUUGGUCCGGAAGCGAUUUCUAAAAAAAUAACCUAUCAUGUACUACUGAAGGUCAAUUACGAUCUAUGCCAUCCUGGAUAUAUAUCUGUUAACAAUAAUGGCAGUAUAACCGUAGACUUAGCAAUAUUGGAAAAAGAUAUUGGAACCAUUACCGCUGUAGAAUGUACAUUUAAUAUUAACAAAGAUAUAGAUGAUGAAACUGAUGACGUUUUUGUCAGUCAAGUCGAAUCAAAUGAGAGAAUUAUAGAACAAGGUGAAUACGAAGACGUUGGACUAACUGAAGAGAAUUAUAAUAUGACCGGUUUUGAACAUUUACCUUUAUCCAAUAGUGGAAGUCAAUCAAGUGUUGGAGGAAAAUGGUAUAAAAACGGCUCUAAGAAUCCAGAUGUUUCCCUUUCUCGCUCGAAAACUAUCAGUGUGGACGAUAUAAAACGAAGACACAUACAAAGAGCUAAAAGUACUCUUAGUUUAGGGGCAAUUUCAGAGAUAGAUACGGAUUCCUCACCUAAUUGUACAGAAUGCUUUGUACCGUUGAUACCUCCAAUAUUUCUUUGUCGCAAUGGCCAUAAUUUUUGUCAAAAAUGUCAACCGGGAUUGUGCCCUAUUUGUUCAGAGAAAGUUACUUACCAUAGGAACAUUCGAUUGGAAGAAAACUUCGGAAAAUUUCUGUUGCCGUGUAAAUAUAAAAAAUAUGGUUGCCCACAAAAGUUAUUGAAUGAUGACCUUUACGACCACGAAGCUUAUUGCACUUUUUGUGAUUAUCAGUGCCCUAUUGAAAGUUGUCAUUUUGAGGGACAAUUUAAACACAUGUGGAAUCAUUUAAAAGUUAUUCACGGAACAAAGAAAAUUUUGGAAUCGUUUAUUGUCACUUUUAAAAAUAUUCCAGAGGCUUUUUUGGUAAACGAAGAGCGAGGUAUAUUUUAUUGUUAUGUUACAUUCAUUGAUGAUUAUGUUCAAUGGAAGGCCAUUUUCUGUGGACCGAAAGAAAGAAGAUUUUUCUGCGAAUUAAAGUUUAAAGAGGGACAAUUGAAGCAACCAGUUUUGUUGAAUAGAAGUGAAAAUGUUUACUUUAUAGCCUUGAGUUUACAGGAUUUGAAAAGAAUGAAAGUUAAAGCGAAAAAUGCUAUUCUAACUAUAACUUCAUGAGAAUUGUAAGCAUCGUUAUCCAAUACAUUAAACAUACGUACUUGCGUCAUA